CCUUCGCAUUUGACGUCCGGAAAAAUUGUGCUUUUGAAAUUUGUUCGCAAGCGAUUUGGUACGGACCGGGUCGUCGUUGACAUUUCGCUAACUCGUUCGGUACAGGGAGUGGAUUUGUGCGAAUUUUUUAUUUAUAAAAUUUCUCCCGAGCGAAUUAUCCAAUAUUUGUGCGAAUACAAGUAGUGUCGUGCAGAGUGACAGCGACGAAAGACAAAUUUCGCAGCAUUUAGGAAGUAAAUACACACGUGAUAAAUUGACGUAAUAUUUCUCCCCAUCUCGACGGAGGGUAGAAAAAGGGCAUCCCGGAUAAUAAUUAGGCGAACACAUCGCAGAGAAUACUAUUUUCGCUGGACGCAAUUUACAUAGUAAUUGUCUCACAAGAAACGAAAUUUCAUCAGCCCGCAGAAUUCUAGUGUAAUGUCAUCUGUUUUCUUGAGAUUCAGCGUAGGUUUUCAUGCCGCUCGUAGGUCUGUCCGUGGGGUCGGAUGUCUGAGGGACAAGCGGCUCUGGGGCAACUUCGGUCCCCAAGUCACAGCCGGCGCUCUGCAGCAGACUCCCGGUCGGACGUACGCAACAAAUAUUAAAGCCCAAGACAGCACCACGGUCAAAAAAUUCGACGCUGAAGAUGAAAAUGAAAUUCUAGAGAAAAUUAAAAACAUCUUUGCUGAAGAAGAACGUUCAGGCCAUGUUGUUCCCGUUUUUAAAAAGGCUCUUCUUCAUGGCAAUAAAGUUGCCAUCAAGGAUCAAAUCAAUGAAUACACAUAUCAUCGACUAUAUGCAGCAGCAAAAAGGCUAUCCGCUCAAAUUUCUAAUCUGUGUGGAAGUGGAUCCAACGCCCGCGUAACCUUCCUUUGCCCGAACGACGCCCUCUAUCCAGUAGUGCAAUGGGCUUGUUGGUUUUCUGGACAAGUAGCUGUGCCAUUGAGUACUCGCCACCCAACCGAAUUGCUGAAAUACUUCGUAAAAGAUAGCGAAUCAACCCUUCUGAUCACAACACCUGAAUACGAGGCUGUAAUGAAACCUAUAUCGGAGGCUCUACAAAAGGUCUUGAUUGUUAUCGAUCACACAUUCAUUCCAGAGAUAGAUGCUCAGUCGUUUAUAUUGGAUCCAAAGAAUGAGAAUGUCGUGCGUAUGGCCGGUCAGUGGAACAUUGAAGGAGUGUUGAGUGCAGAUUUUUAUGGAAAAUCAGAUGCGAUGAUAUUGUACACGUCGGGAACAACUGGCAAUCCUAAAGGCGUGGUUUUGUCUCAUAAGAAUGUCAAUGCUCAGGUGAACUGUUUGACGGAUGCCUGGCAAUUCAGUUCGAAAGAUUGUUUGCUUCAUGUUCUUCCUUUGAAUCAUGUUCAUGGCUGUGUAAAUGCGCUCAUGUGCCCGCUCAGUGUUGGUGGGAAAUUAAUUAUGCAAGAUCACUUUGAUAGUCAUAAUGUUUGGAGUGCACUUUUGGGUAUUAAUACGCCUACGAAGGAUCGUGUAAAUAUGUUCAUGGGCGUACCGACAAUUUACAAUUUCCUCAUCGAUGAGUAUGAUAAGAUUUUCGCAAAGAAUUCACGAAUGGUUGAAUAUAUACAGAAUCAUUGCGAAAAGAAUAUUCGGCUGAUGAUUUCAGGAUCGGCGCCAUUACCAAAUACUGUGUUUUCUCGCUGGUAUGAUAUUUCGGGGCAUCGAUUAUUAGAACGUUAUGGAAUGACGGAGAUAGGUAUGGCCCUCAGCAAUCCAUAUGUUGAAGACAAAGUACGGCAACGCAAACCCGGCACUGUUGGACUUCCGCUACCAGGAGUUGAAAUUCGAAUUGCAGAUGGCGAUAAUAAAACGCUGUUCACAUGCAAGGGAGAGGGGAACAAGGGCUUUUGGGCGAAAGACGAACAACCAGUCUACACAAAGAAACCGGAUUCAAAAAGCGAACCGAUAAUUGGUGAACUGCAAGUGAAAGGACCAAACGUUUUCAAAGAAUACUACAAUCGCCCAGAGGAAACUAAAAAAGAAUUCAUCGAUGGUUACUUCAAAACUGGUGAUAUCGCUUGCUAUGAUGAUGGAAGCAUUAAAAUCAUGGGACGCUCAAAUGUAGACAUCAUAAAGAGUGGAGGGUUUAAGAUAUCCGCGCUAGAAAUCGAAACGCACAUUCUCGAACAUCCAAGCAUAAAAGAUGUAGCCGUAGUGGGAAUUCCAGAUGAUACGUGGGGUGAAAGGAUAGCUGCAAUUGCUGUUCUCCGGCCAAAUUUCGAACUCGAUUUAGAAACAUUGAAAGUUUUCUGCACCGACAGGGUGGGCAAAUACGCUGUCCCGUCUGUAUUGAAAAUUAUCGAUGAAAUGCCACGCAAUGCAAUGGGCAAAAUUAAUAAGAGAGAUGUUAUAAGACUGUACUUCGGCCAGCCACAGAAGCAAGAGGCAGCGACUUCCAAAGCAACAGAUCCAGCUUCUGAGAACAAAUCGACAAAGUCAACAAGCUCAUCGGAACCAACCGACAAUGAAUCGAAAAAGAGCACGACAACAGCGACGACCGAGAAAAAAUCAUAAAUAUUUUCCCAUUUCUAGUUUAACGUUGAAAACGAGCCGAGAAUAUUUUCAUCUUUUUUUUUUCUUUUUUUUUAAUUUUCUGUUAUAAGUUUGAUAUUAAUUUCUGUCACUUGCGAAUAAGAAAACUAUAUUUUAUCAAUCAUGGAAAACCAAAAAUAUGCGUGAGAUACAAUAUUUGCGUGAAUGCGAUUCAGGAAAUUGGGUACGAAAUGGAAAUUCUCGUAUUUUUCUCUGUUCUGAGCUUAGACCAAAGCUUAAAAAAAUAUUUGGAUACUCUGUUUAGUGUGACAUUUCCACUUGUCGAUUUUUAUACUUAAUUUAAACUUAAAAUUAAUUUAUCAGUACCAUUUCUACUAGUAAGUUAGUUAGAAUUGCACCAAGCAUCACUCACGUUUCGCCAAUUGAAUGUGGCUAUUCAGUUCGUUAGUUCUCAAAAUGUUUUCAUGUUUUGAGUCGAAUCUAUUUUGUUGAAAGACAAUUUUUGGCACCUAUUAUUGUCGCAUUAUGGAAAAGGAGAAAUCGACUGUGAAAAAUAUUGGAAAAUUGAUUGUUAUAAUGUUAAAAAUAUGAUUUGAUAUCAUGUAGGGAAUAGAAUGUGUAAAUGAAGAAAAUGAUCAAAUAUUUGCUUGACAAAUUAA